AUGUCCUCCCGUCUACGUGAAAUUUCUGAAGAUUCUGCGGCUUCCCACGAUACCGAAUUGUCCACAGAUGCUCGUUUGGACAGAGCUACAGAAGAAAUGUUGGCAGUUACAGAGGCUUUACCAAAAUAUGAAGACAUACUGCGGCGGACCCUGAGCGUGCGUUCCAUUUCAUCAACCUCUUCGAGCGUCGCAGAGCGUAUGCAUCGAACGAAAUUUCUUCAAAAUACUGCAUUUGUUGUGAUCGGGCGAGGAACAUGUGGCACGAUUUUUCAAAUUCCUGGAACGGAGUCUGCGUACAAAAAAGGCAGCGACAAGGACUCACUGUGGAAUGACGCAAAUCUCACCAACACUGCCUGCCGUGCAGUGAUAGAGACCAAGACUUGCCUUCAGGAAAUAUUUCCAAAUGUCUCGAUCCCGCGUGUGCCUAUAGUGACUGCAUGGAUCAGUGAAAAUGACUUGGAUAACUGGUGGGGAGAAAAUUUGUCACGCUUCCCCGAGGAUACUCAAGUCGGAUAUCUUUUUCAAGUCCAACGAAUCUUGCCGCUUCCUGAGUCCUCCCGUCAAGCUCUCAUUCGGCUCUAUUUUCCGAAGAGAAUGCACCGUUUUGCAUGCGAAGACCCGGAUAACAAGCCAUGUCUUGUACGACCAUACCUUGGACAGCGAAGAGGGGAGUGGGAAUUUUCUCGACCAGCACUCAGCCUUCAGAACUUUCCUCUUUAUCUCGAUCAGAUAGAGGAACUCCAACUAGAAGCUAUCCAAUUUUCUGAGGAGAUGGCUAUUGGACUGGCCAUCGUUCACUGGAAGGCCUGCUUGGACGGUAUGGACAUGGAAUUCGUACUCGGUAGUGCGGCGACAAAUGGGGAGCUUCCGACCGUUGUGGAGAACUUUAGGGCAGUGAAGCCCUUUGAUGUCCCUGCUGGCGAUUUUAAGAGACGGCAGGUGCAUCUAUGGAUGCUCGAUUUCGAUAAGGCUGACCGGCUUAAUCUAAAGGAGAGCUGGAAGUCUUGCUGCGAUAGGAUGGUAACUGCUGUGACAGCGAAUGAUCCCUAUUUCCCCAACCCAGCAGCCACGGGAACUCUCGAACACAACUUGUGGGAUAUAUUCGAGCGCGCAUAUCUUCUUGCUGCAUCUAAUAUUCUACCUACACAGAAGGGGUUGCCAAAGAAUGCAAUUCAAUACCCGGGUCUAUUUUUGAAAGCAUGGAAGGAGAGAGCUACAGAACUGGCAAAGGACACAAAGGGCGAUUUUGUGCAGUUCGGGUAA